AUGUCUCUCGCGCGUACUGCCCUCCGCGGCGUCGCGCGCUCGCCAGCGGCUGCUGUGCCGGCCGCGCGUAGGCCAUACAGUGCCGCGCACGAUGACCACCACGACCACCACGAGGAGGAUACCACCGUCUAUCCCCCAGAAGGCUUCAACUCUCGCGGAUGGAUCUACACAAUUGCCGGUAUCGCCGGUGUCGUCGCGUUCUACAAAUACGCGCCCUCGCAGGACUCGGACAACCGCUUGAAGAGGUGGAUCCAGGCGCGGGUCGAGCAGGCGAAGAAUCUGCAGGACAGAGGCGACCAGCAUCUUGCGCUCUCGACUGAGAACCAGGACGGCAUUCUGACUGUCCAGAGUGCGCGUCGUCCGUCGUCUUACCGCCUUCGCCAUCCUGAGGUCAUCGGCUCUGCGUCUCCUUUCAGUGUGCCUGUUGGUUCUCAGGUCGACUUGAGCGGUGUCCGUGUAAAGGCAGACCACGCGUAA